UUCAUCCAACCGCUCUCUUCUCCGUUUGUUCCCCUCUCGCGCAGCACCUGCCGCCAUCCGCCGCCGCGACCACUUUGCACCGCUGACGGGAGGAAGACAUGGUUUCUUGGUCUGAUGGUUUUGACUCGUCCUCGUCGUCUGGCGAUAAUUGUGUGACCCAGCCACAUGUGCCCAUGGAGUGCACGAAAUGGAGCGGCCUGGCUCUGAAUCAUCCUGCACGUUGUGAGCAUCGAGCCCCCUGUGAAAAGUUGGUGGCGUUUGAAUCCACUAAUAGUGGCAGGAGGUUUCUAGGCUGUGCAAAAAAGGAUGGACCUAAGUGCAAGUAUGUGGAAUGGUUUGAUUAUGAGUGGCCAAUCCCAUUGAAGCAAGCUUUAGCUAGGAUCUGGACUAUGUAUGAGGAGGAGGUGACCGAGAGGUUGAGACAGAAUGUAGUUAAUGCUGAAGAAGUCUGCAAGGUACUGGAAUAUAAGAGGAAGAUGGAAAAUGACCUGAGGUUCUUUAAAGUUAACUUUGCUAAAAUGGUGGCUGACAAGGAGGAUGCAAUUGCCCAGUUAGGCAAUGCACAGAUAGCUCUUAGUCACCUGAAGGAAGAGCUUGAGAAAAAUAAGUUGGUUGUCAAAGCAGACACUAACAUCCAUCAGGUGCUAAGGGCCAAAGCAGAGAAAGAGAGAGACCAAGAGAAGCUAGAGAAGGUGAAGCUGCUGCAGGAGAUGGACCAGAUCAAGCAGGAGAGGGACAAUUUGUUGGAGGAGAGGGAGAAGUUCAAGCAAGAGAAAAGGCACCUGGAGUACAUCAUAGGUGAUCUAUUCAAAGAGAAGGAGGCCACCAAGGGGAAGAUCAGGAAGAUCAAGGAGAUAGUUGAUGAAUGAUUUAAUGUUGUUGUACUAGUAUCUUCUAUUUAUAUCGCUAAAAAUUGCAAGACAUUUGUACUGAAAUUUGUGCUUCUACUGAAUUUAAUUAUGUUACUGGAUUA